AAGUUGGAAAAGAGAAUGUGAUGCAAGUUAUCACUGAUAGCUAAUGUGUUGGCGGGGAGGUUUUUGGAAGCUAAGUAUGAACACUUGUAUUGGACACCAUGUGCUGCUCAUUGUUUGGACUUGAUGUUAGAAGACAUUUUCAAGAUACCUAGACUGAAAAAGACAUUUGAAAGGGGUAUUGCAGUACAUGACUACAUUUACAAUCGGCCUACAUUGCUAAACAUGAUGAGGCGCUAUACAAAUUUGAAGAAUUUGAUCAAGCCUGCAAAAACUAGAUUUGCAACCGCCUUUUUGACUUUGUCUAGAAUGCAUCAACAAAAAAAUAAUUUGAGAAAGAUGGUGACCUCCGAAGACUGGACCUCAAGAAAAUGGGCAAAGGAGCCACAAGAUAAAAGAAUGGCACAAACUUUGUUGAUGCCUUCAUUUUGGAAUACUGUUGUGUUUGCCCUUAAGGUCUCGGGUCCUCUUGUCAAAGUGCUUAGAUUGGUUGAUACCGAGAAGAAACCUCCCAUGGGAUACAUUUAUGAGGCAAUGGAUAGGGCAAAAGAAUGCAUUGCAAGUUCAUUUGAUCAUAAAGUAGAGAAGUAUAAUGAAAUUUUUGAAAUCAUGGACAAAAGAUGGGAUGUCCAAUUGCAUCGGCCUUUACAUGCAGCUGCGCAUUUUCUUAACCCAGAAUUCUUUUACCCAAAAGCGUUAGAGGUGCAAAGAGAUCAUGAAGUGAUGAAUGGGCUUUAUGAAUGCAUGCAAAGGUUGGUCCUGGAUGUCACUGUUCAAGAUUUGAUCACUAAUGAGAUGAGUAUUUAUAUGAAGGCUAAGAGUCUUUUUGGCAAGUCUGUUGCGAUUAGGCAAAGAAAUACAAGAGCACCAAGUAAUAUAUUAUAGACUCAUAGAGUUUAUUUUUAGUAGUGCUUUUAGUAAAACUCAAUACUUGGAAACAGUUAUUUCUAACUAGUGGAUUAUCGCAGCUGAUUGAUGGGC